AUCGUGGGAUGGCACGAAGCGCUGAAUUACGGCGCCUCGUGAUAACCUUUAUUGGUCGAAUUAAUCUGGGUGAUAUGUGGACAGCGACGACAACGGCGGCGAGGAGGGCCACGAACACGGGCACGUGCCACGACCUAUCCACGAUUCAAAUGAGCUCGGUUUGCCUCGACCAGCGGAAAUUCUCGACGCUUCAAAUCGAGCAAUACUGCCAGAGACACCAGAAACCGCGAACAAGAAGAAACGACGUAUGUCCGGUAGCCGCAGGUGCCAACCUCCGGUGAGGUUAUGUUUCCUGUCAGGAAUACGAGGCUACAUAGUGGCGGUGGCGAUAGCGGUCACGGGGGAGGAGCCGCAAAGCGGACAGCUCUUUAAGUGGGCGUAACAUCUUCCGCACUGAAGAGAUUCCUGCGGAAGGUGCGAUAGGACUUCCAGCAGUUUAUCCUGUGCGAGUGAAGCCCGGCGUAGCCUUGACGCGCGGUCCGAUUGCGUAACACGGACGGGUCACCAGGUUGCAACCCCGAGUGCCUCUCGGUCUACGUGAUUCCCCGCGAUGACCCGGGUCGCGGGCCACCUCCUGAAGACGAGGGGGAUCUACUUCCGACCGCUACGACCUGACAAAAGCCUGACGAAAGCACUCCUCCUAUACGAACGCGACCUGGGCCACGAGCCUACUCUCCGAUUAGCGGGAAUUAGAAAUUGCACCCCCGAUGUGUACAGCGGUCUCUUUCUUCCCAGGUACUCGCCCUCCUACCUGGUGGGACUUCUCUUCUAAUUGUUUUCUAUAGCAUUUCUGUGAAGAUACUGCCCAAUUGUUCUAAAGUUCUUCCAUGUGGUGAUAUUUUGACUUUUGACCUCUCUCAGCUGGACCUCAACGGAAGUAUCUUUAAGAUUUGAAUUGAGAGGUCGACGUUUGUUGAUGGAUAAAUCACAACAUUCGUCAAUGUCUUCUCGAACGUUCUAGACUUGGUGUUAUGAUAGCUCCUCGAAGGUUCCCUUUUGACCCGAUGAGUGUAAAUAUACAAACAUUUGUAAACUUUAUUAAAUUGGUGGACUCCUGAUUAAGCAGGUGGAUUUUGAAUAUGACCCGUUGGACUAUUUCGAAGUGUUUAAGAUUGCAAGGUUACAUUGUCUCUUUAGUGAUCGUUGAAUCAUACAGUUGGAAAUGUUUGUGCAUUUAAUGAAUGAAAAGUAUAUCUUCAGUCAGCUGUGCUUGUUGGAGUUUAAUGUAAUGGCACUUUGGUGAAACCUUUUCAUAUUGAGGAAGGUUUUGUGAAAAAUAGUUGAAUCAUACCACUUGUGUUGAGUGCGUAAAACUAGCACAGCAGAAAUAUACAUAAAGAAGGUACAACGCCGUUAAACUUUCUUGGUCAAGAGCUACGAUAGUUGGAGCCUUAGAAAACACGUCUUUCUAAGAUCGGCCUCGCCAUGACUGAAAUUAACAUUCAGGAUUUACAGAAGUUACUCUUAUACUUCUCCAAGAAUACUUAUCGAGCUAAGGACACCGACAGUAUGAGUCAGGCGGCCAUGCAACGAUGUUUGUUGCUCACAGACCUGGACUAUGUUCAUUCAGUAAUAAAUAAUACAGGUGGUGAUCUGAGCGCACAUUAUCCCAGUCAUCUAAUGAUUCUCGAAUAUGAGAAAUCUCGAAAUCCUAAUGCCUGUGACACUCCACCACCUGUACCAAGAACGACAGAGACCAUAUAUGAGAGCAUGUAUGAUCCCGAGAAGCUGAAGGAGCUUAUCAAAAGUGCCAGAUUCGCCAGGUGUCGUUCUAGGUUUCCGCUACCUGUAAUACUCUACAAGGGUCGACACAUCUGUCGUUCGGCCACACUGUCCGGUGGACCAGAAAUCUAUGGCAGGUCAGGUCUGGACUAUCUCUUCGCAGGCAAUGAACCUACCGCUAACUUACAUCAACAUCGGGAGCUCGAAGAAGCUCGUCAGAGUGGAGAAUCUGUUGUCGGUGAGUGGCAACUGUUUGACAAGGUUCGCAACCAAGAUAUCAAGCUUCUCAAAACGCUCAACGUGGGAACCAUCAUUGACUUUAUGGUGGAAAAGAAAAAAGUCAAAUUUGGAAUGAAUGUAACCUCUUCGGAAAAAGUCGACAAAGAAAAGAGAUAUUCGGAUUUCACAAUCGUUUCACUGCCAUACCCGGGAUGUGAGUUCUUCAAGGAGUUUCGGGAAAACGAUUACUUAGCCAAAGGACUGGUGUUCGACUGGUCCCAGACUCACGUGGACGCCCAGAUCGGCGUACCAGAAGACCCAAUAUCGGCCCAGCUGCGUGUCAAUUGGGACCAGUACCAAGUUUGGGAUCUAGUCAAGUUGACGCAGAAUUACCUGAAGCUGAUACUCCGGUACCUGAACGAUAGCAGCAACGGGAUGCUGAUCCACUGUAUUUCCGGCUGGGAUCGCACGCCACUUUUCGUCUCAUUGUUGAGGAUCAGCCUCUGGGCGGACGGAGCGGUGCACCCCUCGCUCAACGCCUACCAAAUGCUCUACUUUACUAUAGCCUACGACUGGAUGCUUUUCGGUCACGACCUGCAGGACCGACUUAGCAAAGGCGAGGAGAUCUUUUUCUUCUGCUUCUACUUCUUAAAGCACAUCCAUGACGAAGAGUUCAGCGUGCAUCCACGCCAAGGGAGGCCGCGGCACGCUGUCCUUAGGAACGACAGCGACUCCCAGCUGGAUAACGUUAUGUUUGACAGUGAGUCGGUAGUGACCUUGAGCUCGGUCAGCUCGAAUCUGAGCCUCAACAGCUGGUGCAGUUCCGUCAGCCAGAACAGCCGCGACAGCCAGGACAACAAUCCACCAGCGGUCUUCCACUGCACUUCUGCGGACGGCUGCCAGGACGACUGCCACAGCAACGGGAACGUCGUGCCGUGGACCUUUUAUCCCUCGCCGAACAAAGAUGGCGGCGGAAGUAGCAGUCACGGGUCCAGAUCACCUCUACCUGCUGCAGCAGCCGCUGCGGCAGCUGCAGCUGCGGCCAGUCGCACAUCCCCGGUCGCAGUGCCGGUGCCUGGUAGACUUCGCCAGAGGAACGAGUCCUCCUCUUCGGGCGGCUCCUGGCAGAUGAUUUCGGGAACUGGGAGUCUGAGGGGUUCCACGACCGUUAAUGCUCCGCUUUCGGCGGAAGGACUCGCUUCCGGGAGCUUGGCCUGCAAACCCCUCUGCGAGACGUGUACCGGUCAUACCUCGCAGGAGUCCAGCACGACGAUUAUCGAAGAUGAGGCGUGUGCUUCCUUCGCUCAGUCUCGGAAGGAUCGGUUGCAGUGUCUUCGAAGAAUAUUCUACAAUGCCUACAGCCACACCGUCGGCUUCCGGAUGAAGGACAACUCGGACUCGGGUGGCUUCGGGCAGCUACUAGGAAACUUCGCUGAAAAAGUGGGAAUUCUUUCCGUUCAGCGUACCUCCUUGUGACCGGAGUCCUGUGGACCCGUUUUCUUAAAUGAUCGUCAAAAUUUCGUUAUUGACUCGUCCUUUCAGCCGAGGACUUUGUAAAUGGGGAACUGGUUAAGAAAGAAGGAAUUGUACAUUAUUGUUUAUUCGGCUGGCGUGUCUCUAUGUGGGCGCCGCGCUUACCUACAUAAUAUAAUAAACUUGAUAUUUUUGUA